AUGAGGAAGAGAGUCUCCCAAGCAAGCAUGAAGGACCGCAUCCCGAAAAGCACGAGCUUCGAGUUUCUCGACUACCACUCUCAUGACGACCCCAAGCCCGGGCCCGAGAUAUCAGUCAAAAGCGAUGCCUUCUGGAGCUACUGCGGCCCGCUCCUCUCGGGGCCGGAGGACAUGCCAUCCAACCUGGACGACUGGAGCGCCGCCUCACUCUCAAGCCCACUCCUUCCCCUCCUCCUCCCCUUCCUGGCCUUCGCCAACGCCUUCAUCGCCCAGCAGGGCCUGGACCACUACUGGGUCACUAUCCGCGCCACCAAGGCCACAGGCGAGUUCGACCAGCCGCGUUGGCACACCGACGACCUGUUCUUCAGCGCCGACGGCAGCGGCGGGCUGCGAGCACCAGCCGGGGAGAAGAAGAAGAAGACGCCGCUGCCGACCAAGCGGCGGAAGCUGGACCUGCAGACCGACUGGAAGCUCUGCACCACGCUGCUCGGGCCAUCCACCAUGUUCAUCCCGUCGGCGCACCAGGCGCGCGCGCGGGAGACGCAGCGCACGACCAAGCGCGCCCUCGCCACCGACCACGCCUGCACCUCGAUCCGCUGUCUGGGCUGUGCGGCCACGGCCGAGGCCGUGCGGUCGCGCCUCGCGGACGAACUGGCGCCGCUGGGACGGGCGCAGGCCGCGUCGGGCGCCUGUGCGUUUUUCCGCAUCGGCGAGGACGGGGGCGCCGUGCACUCGGAGCCGGGUAUGGGCCGCGGGGACCGCAUCUUUGUCAAUGUCGUGCCGGGAAGAAGGGACGAGCUGGGCAGGCUGAUGACGACGUGGGGGAUGGGCUUCCCGAGGGCGUGGUGGAUCGCGCCGGCUGUGCCGAGUGGGAGGGAGGCGGGCUUGUGGAAGUAUUGA